UUUUGUAAAACAAUAAUAACAGCGAAGUAAAAAAUAACUUGAAAAAUUUUCAUUAAGCUACAUAGUUUGCUGUGCAAAAAUCAUAAAAUAGUUAUUCAUCACUAAUAUUCUGUGAACUAAUAAGCUGAUUUAGUCAACAAUAAUCUAAACUAUAUAAAGCAGACUUCACUAUGCUGGAAGAGCAUGAGUAUGAAAUCAAAGGAUUGGAGGAAGCCAAAGAUUGUGGCUUGUGGUACAGACUUGUCCUUGCUGGAGAAGACCAAAUAUCACCGCGGCUGGGCCAUGGCCUCUUCUUCAGAAACGAUGAGAAUGGGCGUAAGGUUGUAGUGACCCUUGUUGGAGGCGGAAAUCACGAUGGUGCCCUUGCCGAGGUUUGGGAGCUCAUUCUUUCAGAUGAGGAGACUGAUAAGGAUUCGACAAAUCAUGUUGUCAAAUUACCUCAUGUUGAAGGACUAGUCGCAAAAUAUGAGUUCCUCUGCACCAAAAUCUCUACCAAGGUUUUCAUAUUUGGAGGCGCAGAUGCCCAUCUGAACUUCAACAACGUGGGAUAUCUGGAGGACGGAAAGUGGGUGGAGUCUCUCGUAAUGGAUUCAAGCCCUCAGCCGUCAGCUAGAACGCAAGGUGGCAAUUCUGCCAAAAUUGUUGUAAAUGAGAAAUCCUGGCUCUGUGUCUUUGGAGGCGGACAAGUCGGAGUUGACGCUGUUACUGAUGAAAACUUGUAUUUGUACGAUAUUGAGGAACAGGCGUGGACAAUUGUUCCAGUUGUGGGCGACAUACGGCCUCAAAAUACGCAGGGUCACAUAUUGAGUGCUUUUGGAUCCAAGAUAUUUGUUCAUGGAGGACUCAAUGGUUCCAAUCUUCAUGAUACGUUGCACAUGAUUGAUGUUGCUGGCGCAGUUCAGACUCCACAAAAGCCAUGUUCUUGGCUUCGAAUUGAUGAUGCCGAACCUUCUCCUUCCGGCCGAGCAGCUCAUGGAGUCGCUCAAACUCAAGCUUUAGAAGGUCAUGAAAAAUUUUACAUUUUCGGUGGACUAGGGCAAUUUGGAUGUCUUAAUGAUUUGUGGGAAUUUGACAUCAGUUCUAAAUCAUGGAAGAAAUUAACUAGUGAAAACGAAGCAAUUAGCCCAUCAUCCAAUAAAAUAUUUGAACCAAGUCCGAGAUUCGGAGCUGCAAUGACUUACAUUCAUGUUGAAAAAGAAACUGGGGAUAAUUGUAAUUAUUUAGUUGUAUUUGGGGGAAUGAAUUCAAGUGGAGAAAUUUUUAAUGAUUUGUGGGUUUAUAAAAUUCCAAGCAGAUAGAAAUUGCAACGUAUAAAAAAUUGUAUUUAGCCAUCUUAUUAAAUAUUUAUAUCUAUUUUUUUUACAUCAAAUCACACUGAUUUGUUUUUAUUAUAAAAGUAAGUUUUGUAUUAUUACUGGAGGGUCAAUAAAUUGUUUAUAAGCCACUGAAAA